UGGCCUCCGUUGUCAUGGGAAACGGGGUCGUUUUGUCGAAGCUUCUCCUGUCAGGCCUCCUAUUAAUAGUCAGAUUCAGUUUCCAGUUACCCAGUUAAGCAGCAACACUCGGAGGGAUCAACAACUUUUGCGGAAAUAUAAAACAUGUCCUAUUCCAGCCGAUUUGGUUUCGACUUCCACCUGCCGGAUGAGGGAUGGUGCUACCCGAAGAACGACAUGCACUUCAUCCGCAGCGCGGAGUGGGUGCCCGUGGAGAAGGCAGGCGUGGGCCGCUCCUUCGCCAAUCCCAAUGGCGUGAUCUAUCCGCGGGUGGUCGGCAUGAUUCCACGCUACGGCGGCCACGUUCCGGGCAACAAAUUCCGUGUGGGCAACACCUACGGUCGCUCCACCAUUGACGCCAAGCGUCAUCUGGCCCUCAAUCACGAUUGAGGAACGAGUUCCCGGAUCUCUAGCUCACCAUUAGCCAAUCAAAUUCGCUGUGUUACGCUUACAGAAGCACCCGAAAUAAAUCGUAUACAGUAGAAACCUGUAGAACAUGGCAGAUAGAAAUAAAACCAUAUAAAUUCAAAUGUCAAAAGAA